UAGUAAAAAUACAAUUUCGAUGAAUCUUAUCAUGCUUAUGCUUGUGCCUCAAGAAAAACAUUGCUAAGCUAUCUCAUUUUCCUUAUUCGUUUUAAGGUUAUCAUUUGGAUUUAGUCUUCCUUGUGUCAUUGUUACUUGAAGAAUGCUAUGAGCAACCUCAAGCUUAUCGAAUAAUAAAUGUACUAAAACUGAUCACACUUGUUUCAGGGUUGCAUGUGUGUGACUUUGAAGCCUGACCCGGCCCAAGCCCAGGGAUUGCUCAAACUCUCGGGGUGAGGAAAUGACUGUUGGUAAAUCCAAGGUAGGUAAAAUUGUCCGAUCAUCACUCUGCCUUUCACACACUCCGGUCUAACUGCAUGACUUUGGGAGUUAAAAUAGCUGGUCUAACUAUUCCUCUUGAAACUCUCAAUUCAGCAACGAAUUUCCGAUAGGAUUUCUUGUUCCAUGACCACGUAAAAAUGGGCCUCCAGGGUGCAUGUUCUAAUCACAAUAUCACAUUAUACAAUAAGGUUUAGGAUCUUCGAAGAUAUAUCCCAUGACAGUGUGACACAAUCACAAUCUGUCGAAGAGCUGAACAGGUCCGUAUGAUGAGAAAGAAGCGGAACUGCCCCCAGAAAACUGUGCUUCUGUUCAAUCUCAGCUGCGACAGACUUGUCUUUCCUUAGCAUGUUUCGUACGUGCUCGAAAAAAUGUGCCUCCCUUUAAACAUUCUCCACUGAACAGUGCCUUGGAUUUUUUCCCAACUUAAGAGUCCACCCUUCUUCAGCUUUCAUAUACAGCAAAGGUUUAAAACAGCAGAACCCUAUAGAUGUUAUCUUGUAUGUGAUGAAGGGAAAGAUUGAUCACACUCACAUUGCUCUCAUACUCCUCUUUUGCAUCAGAGGUGCUACUACUGCCCAUGUACCCCAUAUUAAUCACAAUGCAGGCUUAACAGACUCGCAUGUCAAGCAAAGGCAGCUCCUUCACUACAAAGACAAUGAUGGUUCCAGAGGUGAGACAGUCCCAGUCCCAUCCUCAUUUAUUUUUCCCAACCCUAGAAUCAGGACUGCUUACAUUGCCCUCCAAGCAUGGAAGCAAUUAGCCAUGCUCUCAGACCCUCUGGGGUUCACAGCCAACUGGGUUGGAUGCGAUGUCUGCAACUACACCGGAGUUUUCUGUGCUCACGCUCUGGACGACCCAACAAUAGAAACAGUUGCUGGCAUCGAUCUAAACCAUGCCGACAUUGCCGGGUACCUCCCAGAAGAGCUUGGCCAUCUUUCGGACAUUUCAUUGUUUCAUGUCAACUCCAAUCGUUUCUGUGGCACCGUCCCAAAGAGCUUCAGCAAGUUGAAGCUUCUUGACGAGCUUGAUCUAAGUAACAACCGCUUUGCUGGGAAAUUUCCUCCUGUAGUUCUUCAACUGCCAGCACUUAAAUACCUUGACCUUCGGUUCAAUGAAUUUGAAGGUAGAAUUCCCAAGGAACUUUUUGAUAAGCAUCUUGAUGCCAUCUUCUUGAACGACAACAGAUUCACCCAUGAACUGCCAGAUAAUCUAGGAAACUCUCCAGUUUCAGUUAUUGUUCUUGCAAACAAUAAGUUUCGUGGAUGUUUACCGGUCAGCCUUGGCAACAUGUCCAAAAAUUUAAACGAGCUAAUACUCACAAGAAAUGGUUUGCACUCCUGUUUGCCAGAUGAAAUAGGAAUGCUGAAGAAUCUUACCGUGCUAGAUGUGAGUCAUAAUGAUCUUACUGGGGAGUUGCCACACACACUAGGUGAAAUUUUGAGCUUGGAGGAGAUGAAUGUGGCUCACAACAAGCUUAGAGGGACUAUACCAGGGAACAUUUGUGGACUUCCAUAUCUGAAAGAUUUUGGCUUUGGCGACAACUUCUUCACAGGUGAGCCACCAGUGUGUUUAGAUUUAGAACAGUUUGAUGAUAGCAAGAAUUGUUUGCGGCGAAGGCCAAAGCAGAGAUCCAUGUUGGAAUGUAAAUUGUUUUUGUCCAAGAAUGCCAGUUGUAGUUCUUCUGAAUGCGAACCAUCACCAUCACCAUCAUCGCCUUCUCCAUCUCCUCCUCUACUACCACCACAACAUUCUCCUCCACCACCGCCACCACCACCUUCUCCGCCACCACCUUCAUUGCCACCACCUUCUCUGCCACCACCAUCUUCUUCACCAACUCCACCACCACCCCCACCCCCAACCCCACCAUCUCCUCCUCCACCACCAUCACCACCGCAAGCUUAUCCGCCGCCUUCAGUAAACUGCAUUCACACUCCACCUCUAUCCCAACCAAAUUCCCUGCCACCCCCUCCACCAAGUCCUCACUACCAUUCAUCACCAACCCCGCCAUCAUCUCCACCCCAAUCUCUGCCUCCAUCAAAUUCUCCCCCACCACUAUCUUACUCAACCCCACGUUCACCCCCUUUACCUCCUUGUAAAGAACUUCCUCCACCUCCUUCUCCACCACCAUGUCUGGAAUAUUCUCCACCACCUACUCCAGCAUGAGAAG